AUGCGCCUCCGAGACUCGACUCGCCGAGCGCGCAGGUCUCCGACGUUGCGCUCUACCUUCCUUCUUUUGAAUGUGAUACCGUCUGCCUUCUGUUAUACCACGAAUCCCUAUUUUGCGAGAAAUCCAAAUCCCAAGCCUCGGCCUGCAAGAUUCGGUCCCCCUAUUAAAAGAGAUAGCGUUCCCCUCGUUAUUAGCAACAAAUGCGAACAGAAGAUAUGGCCUGGCAUCGGAACCCAAGCUGGAACUGGCGCAGGUACUGGGGGGUUUGAGCUUGAUUCGGGGGCAUCCAGAUUCCUGACAGUCAGCGCAGACUGGCAAGGACGAGUCUGGGGACGAACUAAUUGCAGUUUCAACGACCUUGGAACGGGGGCGAGCAAUUUGAAUGGGAAUAACGGUGCUGGAGCAGCUUGCACAACUGGUGACUGUGGAGGGGUAAUGAGUUGUGUCUUGACUGGCGAAACUCCCGUCACUCUGGCUGAGUUCGAUCUGGCAGGUGGCGUGGAUGGUAACCAGGUCUUCUACGACAUCUCUUUAGUUGACGGCUACAACAUACCUCUUUCAAUUAUCUUCAUUCCAGGCGAUAAUCCGAAACUCAAGGAUAUUCCCCCAAACCUUACGAAUUGCGCAUGUAUCGCAACAGCGGGCUGGUUAGCACCUCCAGCCGCUUCCGGCACCUCAGGCAACGCGACAACCGACGCCAACCCACUUCCGUACGAACCUUCGUACACCAAUGAGAAAGUCGCCGACUGGUGCCCCUGGGACCUUCAAAAGGCGCAACCCACCAAGCCAGGCGACGGCGUCUACCCCUACCCCGACGACAAAAUCCAACGUCCAAUCUUCGACCCCUGUCUCUCCGCCUGCUCCAAAUCUCUGUCGCCUGAAGAUUGUUGCACAGGCCCCUUCAACGACCCUAAAGUCUGCAAGCCCAACCUCUACGCCAGGUCUGCCAAAGCCGUCUGUCCAGACGCCUAUUCCUUCGCCUUUGACGACCAGACAUCAACCUUCAUCAUCCCGUCUGGUGGCGGCUGGGAAGUCAUUUUCUGUCCGCCGGGACGGAGCACGAAUAUCCUUGCCACCUUCAAGGCGCAGAUGCAGGCUCUGAGCCAGUCGGGCGUGUCGAAAGCGAUUGCUGCAGACACUGGAAACAUUACUUUCAUUGAGGGGGCGGCGAAGAAGAGUGGUGCUGAUGAGAUGAGGAUUGAUGGCAGGAGUUUGAGUCUCGGGGCGUUGGUUGUGGUUGUGGCUUGGGCCGUGUUGUGGUAG